CGCAAUGGAUUCUGGGAGAUGUAGUCUCCGUACGUGAGCUUUAUAGGCUGGUUAAGCACACAGGACUCCAUUUCCCACAAUGCGCAGCUAGCUUCCGUAAUCUCUGUCUGGGUAAACGAAAGGUGGCCGCCAUCUUGCGUACGGAGUUGCGGCUACUUGUGGUCCUCCGGGUUGGACUUUUCGUUUCCCCCAGCAAACAACUUUAGGACUGUGUCUCCUCGCUUCCUUUAUUUUCUCAGAAGGUUUCUUGUCUUUCUGAAGAAGGUUUUAUUGAGAGGCAGAGGUCAAUGCAGAAUUGUAGAGUAAGAUGCCGUAUGGUGAAAUUGAAGCUAAAUCCGUGGGACGUGGAAAAGAACUAACAGGUGAACAGUGUUAUAAAAAAUUGAAGUCAAGUCAAGAGGAUUCUGUUUUACCCCAUCAUAGUUGUAAAGAUUUCCACAGAUUCCAGGAGAAAUCUGAAAAUGGCUCAGUCCCCGUUAGCAUCCACAAUGUCAAAAGACAGAGUUAUCCUCAAGAAGAUAAAACCAAAACAACAGGCUUGCCCAGAUCUACCCCUUUCAAAAUGCCUGACAAAAGACCAGGUACUACCAGGUCACAAGAUUCACAAGAGGCAAGUCUUCCAUUGGUGUCCACAGACGAUGAGAUAUAUAGUACAAGCAAAGCAUUUAUAGGACCCAUUUACAAACCUCCCGAGAAAAAGAAAUGUAAUGAAAAGAGAAAUCAAGCAGACACUAUCAGUGGGACAGAUGGCAAUGGAAGACGAGAACAAAAGCAGAAGUUUAAAAAAGCAGUGAUUGAUAGUGAAUUAUUCCAGUUUUACAAAGAAAUUGAGGAGCUUGAAAAUGAAAAAGGUGAUUCCGAAGAAAAUUGUAAGGAUGCUGAACCCUCUCAGGAUCAACUUAUUCCAUGUUAUCAAGACAAUAAUAAUGAUCUGUUAAAAUCUGAAGAAAAAAGAGAUCUUAGUAAUUCUCUUCAGCCACACUGUGGUUAUCAACAGUAUGUGGGUAAUGAGCCAUGCAAAUAUCCUUGUAAUGGACAAGCAAUACCUACAUUUUGUGAUGCUUCAUUAGCUUUCAGACCUGAGUGGCCACCAGUACCUUCUUUUAUUGUACCCCACGGCCCUCCACUUUCCAAUUUUAACCAUCAUUUAAAUAUUCAAAGAUUCAGUGCUCCACCACAUGCACCACCAAAUAUUUUCCAUGCUCAAGAUAACUGUCAGAUGCAAAAUGGAUAUUAUGUAAAUAACUGUCAUGUUAGCACCAAUUGUUUGACUUUUGAUCAGAACAAACAAUAUAUAGACUGUAGGGAAAAUCCCAGUAGUAGAAAUGACUACAGCUUGCAGGAUGGGUAUGUGAGUAGUUUCUGUGAAACUAGUGAAGGAUGCUGGAAAGACCCUUAUGUGGACAAAUAUAGUCCGGACAGAUGUAUGACUCAACAGUUUCAAGAGGAAAAGUUAAAUAAACUGCAGAAGCUACUUAUUCUUUUAAGAGGCUUACCUGGUUCUGGGAAAACAACGUUAUCUCGGAUUCUGCUUGGUCAGAGUCGUGAUGGCAUUGUGUUCAGCACUGAUGAUUAUUUUCGCCAUCAAGAUGGGUACAGGUAUAACGUUGAUCAACUUGGUGAUGCCCAUGACUGGAACCAGAACAGAGCAAAACAAGCCAUCAAUCAGGGGAGGUCUCCAGUUAUUAUAGACAACACUAAUACACAAGCUUGGGAGAUGAAACCAUAUGUGGAAAUGGCCAUAGGAAAAGGAUACAGAGUAGAGUUUCAUGAGCCUGAAACUUGGUGGAAAUUUGUUCCUGAGGAAUUAGAAAAGAGGAAUAAACACGGUGUGUCACGAAAGAAGAUUGCUCAGAUGUUGGAUCGUUAUGAAUAUCAAAUGUCCAUCUCUAUUGUAAUGAAUUCUGUGGAACCACCACACAAAAGCACACAAAGGCCUCUUCCUUCACAAGGGAGAGAGAGGUGGGAAGACUCUCUAGGGUCACAUAAUCAAGUGUGUGUUACACAGAAUUAUUAAGUUGUCUAUUUUCAGCAAACAUUGUGUUACUUGUCCUUCAGAAAAGAGAUGAGUGGGCCUGUCGUGAAGUUUAAAUAGUUUCAAGUAAAAAGACUAGUUGCUUCACAAAGAAUGUUCCCAGAGAGUUGUUUAAAUUCUAAACUGUAAAUAAAAAUUAUAUGAAAUUGUAUUUUAAAUAUUUUUAUAAUCUUUUGUUGGAAUACCUUUGGUUAUUAUGAAAAUACCCAAGUAAAGUGAGUAGAAGCUAAAAUGUUUUUUAUAAUUGUAUUUUAUACUAAUUUUAUCUAUUUUGUAGUUAACAUUGAACAAUUUUUAUAGUUCAUGCCUAAAUCUAAUUUUUAAUAGCACUUGAGUAUUUUUCCUUGACUACCUUAAAUAUACAAGAAAUACUGAUUUGUUACAAGCACCUUAUGUAAUUCUCUUUAUUUAUUAUACAGGUAAAAUUAUGUUUCAGCAAUUUCAGUUGUGUGACAAAAAUAUUUCUAAGCUGUACUUAGCAUAACACUUAGUUAUACCAAAAUUCACCAGUAGGUAUGUCAACCACCUGGGGGAACUUUCAUCAUAAUAUGCAUAUAUGCAUAAUAUAUAUAUUCAUCAUAUGCAAUGUUUACAUAUUAAUCACCCUUCUCAAGCUUCACUAUAACCCUUUUUCCCCUCAAUUUUGAAAUGAAUGAAUGAAUAAAUAAAUACAGUGAAUACAGAAUAAUCAGGAAGGUCUUCUCAGGCUGUUCUGAUAAUGUCUCACUUAAGAAAGUUUAAUUUUAAUAUAAAAGAUAUUUUGAGUAGUCACUCUGCAUGAAUCUUAAGAUGUGCCCUGUAGGAUAUUUAUCAUGUUUUUAAUUUUACAUAGAACCAACUCAAGAGAUUUCCUUAUUAGACUGUGGUCCUUUUCCUACAAUUUUAACACUGAGAUUCAUUUCAGAGGUCUUUAAUUUAUCCUGGGCUUUGCUUUGCCUUGCUUUUUUACCAGGAGUGGAGGGGAGUGGGAGCCUAGCAAAUGAUGUUGUUUAAUAGAAUCAUUAUGCUCAAGGUUUUGCAAUGGUAACAUUUCAAAACCAGUAAGCUUUUUUCCUAGAACAGUUCAGCCUAAAUCCCGUAAUCUGUCUUUAUAUGUUUAAAAAUGUUCUGUUCUUGGGUGGGGGAGGCAGCACAAUGGUUAUGCAAAAGGACUCAUGUCUGAGGCUCUGAGAUCCUAGGUUCAGUCUCCUACUUCACCAUAAAGCAGAGCUAAGAAUGCUUUGGUAUUUAAUAAUAAUAAUACAAAAUUACAUUAAAUAUUUUCUUCUUAACUUCACUUUAAAUAUUCUCAUUGUUUUAAUACUUUUUGAGUAAUACCAAGCUCCAAAAACGAAAUACAAUUAUCUUUAUUACGUUGCAUGUGGUAAGAUAAGAACAUGAUUUCUUUUUUUUUUUAUUAUUUAUUUUUCCCUUUUGUUGCCCUGUUUUUUAUUGUUGUUGUAGUUAUUGUUUUUAUUGAUGUCGUUGUUGUUAGAUAGGACAGAGAGAAAUGGAGAGAGGAGGGGCAGACAGAAGAGGAAAGAUAAAUACCUGCAGACCUGCUUCACCACCUGUGAAGUGACUCCCCUGCAGGUGGGGAGCUGGGGGCUCGAACUGGGAUCCUUAACCUGUCCCUGCACUUUGCGCCACAUGCGCUUAAUUUGCUGCGCCUACCGCCUGACUCCCAAGAACAUGAUUUUUAACAGGGGUGGAUAGCAUAAUGGUUAUGCAACGAGACUUAUAAGUGAGGUUCCAAAGUCCCAAAUUCAUUCCCCUACACUACUAUAAACCAGAGUUAAACUGUGCUCUGAUAAAACAAACAAAAAACCCACCAUGGCUUCUAUUUAUUCAUACUAUUCAAUGCUGUUUACAUUUGAAUGGAUACUACCUUUUUUAUCUUGUUGUGCAUGUAUAUAUGUAUGUCUGAUGCAACUGUUCAUUUUUGCUAAAUACAAUGUUGUAGGAAUAUGCUAAUUCUUGUGUAAAUGUAUAUACAUACAUAUCUCUCACCCACAAUUUCAUAUAUCCUUGUAAUUUAUUCUGUAAAUUAACAAAUUUUCAAAGUCGUAAAGAAUUUCUUUUUGGACUGAAGUUGUUAAAUACAUUGUAUAUUUUUAACAUUCUGAAAGACUUGUACUUUUUUAAAGACAAAAUUAAAUUAAUUCUCCAAUAA